AUGUUUCUCCCUCGUCGACUGCUCCCACUGUUAUGCACUGCUGCCUUGUGACAAGUAGCAAUGGCCACUCCGGAUGCCCCUGAACAGCCAUCGCUGCUAUGGCGAACUGGCUCCUCAGUCAUCACAGGUGCUACUGGCUUUCUCUGUCGCACAUUUCUUGUAGGCCUGAACAGGCUCGAGGUGAAUGGCUACGACAAGUUUAUGCGCUUGCUCGAUGAGCGAGCAGACGUAAAAAGCAGAACCAAGGGUCUGAUUACUGUUUCCAACCAUACUAGCGUUAUGGAUGAUCCGAUUCUAUGGGGUGUUCUGCCUUACAGAUACCACUGGAACCCCGACAACGUUCGCUGGAGUCUUGCUAGCCACGACCUGGCCUUCCAGAACAAAUUCACUUCCCUGUUCUUCAGUCUCGGCAACACCCUGCCAUGCCACAGAUUGCAGCACUCUCCCUAUGGUGGCCUGUUCCAACCCACCAUGACACAAGCCAUCCGUCUCCUCUCAGCAGGCCCGUUUCCCGCUCCUACCGCUACUCCCGUAUCGCGCUCUCUGAAAAGCCCUGAUAUCUCUGAUCCCUUCUCGGGAGGGCACUUGACCUACAGCACCGAUGGUGUCGACACUUUUCCCGCCCCUUCGGCCUAUGCUUCAAGGAGACACGCUUGGGUUCACAUCUUCCCAGAAGGCCGAGUUCAUCAGAAGGAGGACAAGACUAUGCGCUACUUCAAAUGGGGUGUUUCACGCUUGAUUCUGGAAUCGGAACCGGCACCAGAUCUUGUGCCUCUGUUCAUCGAGGGUUUCGAUUCGAUCAUGCACGAAAGCCGUGGAUUCCCAAGACCUAUUCCACGAGCUGGAAGAGACGUCACUGUUACAUUUGGCGACAAAAUUGACACUGGAGAUGCAUUCCGCGACCUGAGAGACAGAUGGGCAGCCUUGAAACAACAAGCAGUACAGCGAGGAGCACAAAGCGACGAACUUGGUGUUGUUCGUGACGAGCAGUUGAUGAACGGAGCAGAAGCUGUGCGACUGCGAGAGGAAUGUACGAUGCGCGUCAGAGAAGCAGUCCUGGCUGUACGAAGAACCAGAGGUCUACCUGAUGAGGACCCUAAGUGCGGACUCAUCGAGACCUGGGCUAUGGAAAAGAGCACCGGCGAAGGCAGGAUGGCUGAUGGGUCAUACACGAAAGACACGUAAAAUGCUCAAGUGUUGGACGUUGCGCGCUCGGUGUAACACAUGUUGGGUUACCACUCUUUCACAGGAUAGAUUUGUAUUAUAUAUUAGAACGAGA